GGGCAAUCUUAUCCGGAAAGGGCCAGUGUGGGUGCAGGUUUUCAUUCCAACCAAGCAGAAGCCACACCUGAGUCUAUCGAAAGCCAAGAUCAACUGAUUAAACAGUUGGAAUCAGGUGUGGCUCCUGCUUGGUUGGAAUGAAAACCUCCACCCACACCGGCCCUUUCUGGAUAAGACUGCCCACCCCUGGUGUAGAUGAUGGGAACCUGAUGUGCUCUUCUGCUCUUGUUGCCCAUCCACCUCAAAGUUUGACUUUCCUUCAUGAGAAAGUCUUCAGGACAGAGGGCUUUGUGGUUUCACUGUAUUAUGAAAAGCCGUACUUUUUUCUUCUUAGCUUUCAAGAGAGCGGAAAACAAGACGCAGCUCACAAAGCUAUGGAGAUGCAGCUGGCCGAGGCGGAGAGCCGCAAAAGGAAGGACGUGGCCGAGCUGAUGGAGCACAUUAGCAUCCUGGAGAAAGAGCUGGACAAUGCCAAUGAUGUUCUGUCGGACACCGCACGCCGAGCCGGAACCACGUCUGCACCGGUUCUCCCAGACAAACAGCUCAGCACGAUGUCUCCCACCGUGGCAGCAGUCGCCAAGAUCAGGCCGAGCAUGAAGCUCACCGAGCUCUACAUGGCGUACCUAGAGUCCCUGGAGCAGCUGCAGCUGCAGCUGGAGAAGGUGGAGAACAAACGUGUGAACAAGUACCUGGAUGACAUUGUGCAGGAGGUGGAGGCUAAAGCGCACAUACUGAAGAGGCAGAGGGAGGAGCUGGAGCGUGCGCAGAUAUCCGUGGCCAGUCUGUCUGCCAAGCUGGAGCACGCUGAGCAGGAGGAGGCCGACGAAGCCAACAAGCACGCCUCCAAGCUGGAGAGAGACAAUCAGAGGUUUGAGAUGCAGCUGUGUGACAUGGCUCACCAGGUUCAGGUGUUACUGAUUGAGCUGGAGGAGGCGCGUGGGAACCACAUGGUCCGCGACGAGGAAGACGUGAGCUCGGCGAACGUGAGCAGUGCGUCUGAGGUAAUCUCGCAGCACCUGGUCACGUUCCGCGGCGUGGCGGAGCUACAGCAGCAGAACCGGCGCCUCCUGGUGGCCCUGCGUGAGCUCGCAGACGCGCAAACAGACAGAGCUACAGAUUAGUUUGGAGAAGGCCUGGAUCGAGCUGGAGCAGCUCCGAGAGCAGCAUGCACGCCAUGUGCAGCAGGUUGAAUCCAUCGUGCGGCAGCGAGACAUGUGCCGUGUCAGCUUCCCUCAGCAAGGUGAACGCAGCCUCACACAAACUACUACAACAGCUUCCCUUUUUAGAAUUCAGACCAUUUUUGCAUUAACGUAAUGAUUGGACCCCUAGGCGCUUCGUUAGAGGAGUUCUCCCUCACUUUCACCCCCCAUCGCUCCCCUGC